AUUUUUUCUCUCUCAAAAAACACACUUUUAAAUUUCUGUGUUCUGAAACUCUCUAAAUUUAAUCUAACUUAAACAGAUUUGUACCGGUUACUUUUAUUCUUUACGAGAAAUUUAACAACCUGGAGCUCGGCGACCGGAUCACGGUUCUCGGAAUUGUGGGAGUUGCGGUUCACAGCAGCUCUGCUAAGCUACCACUUGCAGCCCAGUUAGCUUGCCAUGUGGAGCCCGUGGUAAAGGGGGAACCAACUUUCCAGCCUCAAGCUAGCGGUGUGUAGUGUUGUUAGUCAACAUGUCAUUUUGUUUUAACUUCGACGUCCCAGCACAAACAACAAACCCGGACGAUGUGGAUGGAAACGGCCUGCAAAACGGAAAGAAAAACAGUGCUUCUGCAUCUACACAGGAUAAUGCCAAGCCAGCAGAGCCAGUAAAGGAGGCUAAAGAGCACCUUCCACCAUCUGACCCACAGUUCCUCCUCAUGGAUUCUGUCCCUGAAACGGUUACCAUUGGAACUCUUCCUCCUCUCCACUUCCUCAACGAGACUGUUUUUGAGAAGACAGCCUCAGAGAGGGAGGACGGUGAGAAAAUUCUCUCUCGCACUGCAGAGAAGAAGUCUGAUCUCAUCCCUGGCGUGUACGAGGGAGGGUUGAAGGUGUGGGAGUGUACUUAUGACCUUUUGGAGCUCAUAGAGAAAGACGGAGAGACCUUUGGGGGGAAGGCGGUUUUAGAUUUGGGCUGUGGUGCGGGACUGUUGGGGAUAUUGGCUCUAAAAAGAGGAGCCAGGCAUGUCCACUUCCAAGAUUAUAACAGUACAGUUAUUGAACAGCUCACAGUGCCAAAUGUAAUACUAAACUGCCAAGAGGAUGAUGACAUAGAAAGUGAGGAUGACAAAGAAGGGAGGGGCAAAGGAAAAAUACCAGUGGAAGAUGGUUCUAAAAAGAAGUUGCAAGAGAAACAAGAGGUAAAAGACGUCAGCCCACCUCCGAAGAAAAGAGCCCUAGACCUAUCCCAGCACCCGUUACUAGCCAAGUGUCGUUUUUUCUCUGGUGACUGGAGCACAUUUCUCGCUUUGGUUCUAGAGAGGGGUCCACAAACCAAAUAUGAUAUCAUAUUCACCUCAGAGACGAUCUACAACACGGCUUACUACCCUGCCCUCCAUGCCACCCUUCACAAGCUGCUGGCACCAGAUGGACUGGUCUACCUCGCCACCAAAUCCCACUACUUUGGCGUAGGUGGGGGACUGCACCUGUUUGAGACUUUUGUGGAGGAAAAGGGUAUUUUCUCUGUGGAUCACCUGUGGGAUGGAGAGGAAGGACUUCAGAGACAUGUAGUAGUCCUGCGUUUUAAAAUGCCAACAGACACUUGAAUAAGGUCUGUCAGAGACUCUUGCUGUGUGCUGUUAAAAUGGAUUUAUUGCUUCACAGUUUCAUGAACAUAAAAAUCAUUAGGAUUGUU